AUGGCCUCGGUGCAAACGCUCCAUUUGCCUGACAAGGACGCCAAGCUCGGCUGUGGCUUCGACAGCACCUGCAGAGAGGUGACGAAAGUGCAGCCAGGCUCCCUGGCAGAUCAGCAUGGAGUGGCUCCUGGCUUCAUUCUCAUGUCCAUCAACGGCGACGACUCCCUCACCGGGGACAUCAAGGAAAAGCUCAAGGCACGGCCGGUCACCCUGCAGCUGGGACCCAAAGAGGCAAAGGAGGUGGUGACUGAGGCCUCGCCGCACAGUCCUCCGGAACCAGAAGGAGUCGUCACGUUGGUGGCCAUGGAGGGCAGCCUGGGCUUUGGGGUGAGCGCCUUUCCCCCCGGUGGAGACGAAGAUUUGGGUGAAGAAGGUGGAGCCUGA